UCUCACAAUUUUGCUUUGGUUGGUUAAACCUUGUAUCUAUCAUCCUUGCUCAUGUUCACAUCUUGUUGUUGUUUACACACCCCCAAGGAAAAAUUGUGCUCGUUAUUGAUUUUUUUGUUGCCUUCAUUUUAUUAUAUCCUCGAAAGUAGAACAGUUUUUAAAGUGAAAAAAAUCGGGAAACUUCUCAAAAAUUUUGAAAUAAUAAUUUUUAAUAUACUACCUACAUACAUAUGUAUGUAUAUCCAUCGACUGAAUCCCAAACUUCAAUAAUUCUAGUUAUUGAAUAAGAUAAGUUUCAUUACGGCUGAAUAGAAAGUUUCUUUACUCGAACCUGGUGCAGAGUAAAAAGCAAGCAAGAUUUCUCAUCUACUCGAGAAUCCGCUCCAUCAAUCACCUUCGGCUUCAGGCACUGUGAUUGUGGAGAGAACGGAUUUUUAUAACGUGGCCAGCGGCGACAUCAUCAGAACGCAGCACAGCAAAGUGCACCCCAGUCCGGGGGCCGCCCGCAGUGUGUGGGCGUUGCCCCUGACCUCAUGCAAUAUGGUAGCCGAAGAGGAUAGUGCCGCCAACACAGAAGAACGCCCUCAUUCACCACCAACAUUGCGCCGUGGUGGCGGGUGCGUUGGUGGUGGGGUUGGACGCACUUCUGGAGGAGAUGGAGUCAUCGACAAACAUGAUGACAGCAAUUUACUAUUGUUUGAAGGCAUCGACGGUGCUAUGGCGCAUUUAGAUGACAUAUUCGAUGUGAUUAAAAAUGGCGAAGUUUGUGAUGUGGAAAAUUUGGUGGAGAAAUUCGGUAUUGAAUGUUUGUCUGCCCGUGAUAGGCACGGCUACACACCUGGCCAUUGGGUCGCGCUGAAUGGCAAUGUGGAAAUGUUGCGGUAUUUAAUUGAGCGUAAUGCACCGGUCGAUUUGCCUUGUCUAGGUACACAAGGCCCGCGGCCCAUACACUGGGCUUGUCGUAAAGGACAUGCGGCUGUGGUGCAAGUAUUGCUCCAGGCUGGUGUGGCUGUGAACGCGGCUGAUUUUAAAGGUCUUACACCGCUCAUGAGUGCGUGUAUGUAUGGUAAGACAGCUACGGCCGCCUAUUUGCUCGGUAUGGGUGCACUUAAUCAUCUUACGGAUAUAAAUGGCGACACAGCUUUGCAUUGGGCAGCUUACAAGGGGCAUGCCGAUCUCAUGCGAUUGUUAAUGUAUUCAGGAGUUGAAUUACAAAAAACAGACAAUUUUGGUUCGACACCAUUGCAUUUGGCUUGCCUCUCGGGCAACAUGACGUGCGUACGAUUGUUGUGCGAAAAAUCGAAUAUGGACUUGGAACCGCGAGAUAAGAAUGGAAAAACGCCGAUAAUGUUGGCACAGGCACAUCAACAUCAGGACAUUGUGCGAUUGCUAUAUAACGAAGUGAAAAAAAAAUCACGUUGGAUACCGUCAAUUACGGAAAUUUGGGGAUGGUUGUUUGGUGGAGCAGGCGAUUCGAAGGGCCCAUUGCUGCUUUUCCUAUUUUCGGUGUUAUUAUGGGGGUACCCAAUGUAUAUGAUAAGGGCUAUACCAAUUACCUGGAAUAUUCUUCGUCGUUCCCACUAUUGCUUCAUCUAUUGGAACGCAGUUAUGUGGAUCAGUUGGGUCAUCGCGAAUCGUCGUGAUCCGGGCUACAUACCGCUCAGCUCCGAUGCCUACUAUCGCGCUAUCAAGCAGAUACCAUAUUUCGAUAAGUUGAAAAAACGUAAUGUUAUUUUGACCCGUCUAUGUCACAGCUGUCGGUGUUUACGCCCGCUGCGCGCCAAACAUUGCCGUGUUUGUAAUCGAUGCGUAUCUUAUUUUGAUCAUCACUGUCCGUUUAUAUAUAACUGUGUGGGCUUGCGGAAUCGUAUGUGGUUCUUCUUGUUCGUGCUCUCAGUAGCCGUAAAUUGCUCGUUCACCAUUUACUUUGCUUGCUAUUGUGUGAUGAUUGAGGGCUUUACGUUGCUCUAUGUUUUGGGACUGUUGGAGGCUGUUGUUUUUUGUGGUCUCGGUUGGAUACUAACCUGUACAUCGAUAUUGCAUGCCUGCAUGAAUCUUACGACCAACGAAAUGUUCAAUUACAAACGUUAUCCAUAUUUGCGAGACAAGCGUGGACGCUACCAAAAUCCAUUCUCGCGUGGACCCAUUCUAAAUUUGUUGGAAUUCUUUGUCUGCUUGCCUGAUCGGAGCGAUGAAAAUGAUUUGCUUAUGGAGGAUAAUAUUUGAUUGAAAACUUAGGUACGCGCUAAUGCGCGGCGCCGAAAAAUACCAGCACAUGGAUAAUAAAAAGAUUAAAUCGUGAAGCUGGCUUUCAAAGCCAGUCGAGACGAAUGCAAUGCGAGGCGAGAUAUAAGAUUAAGUAGUUAUUUAGCUUGAAUUUAAACGCACUUUUCAGCUUUAGCCUAUGAAAACUAAUUGGAAAGAUAGAGAGUGUAGCAACAAUUGAGAUUACAAAGAUGAAGCGAAAACCAAAAACCACAUGGUAAAAGGAAAUUGGAGUUAGCUUGAGGAUAUGAACAGUAAAAACUAUAUGUGCAAGUUUUCAAAUCAAACUAAUUGAAAAUGUCGGCAAAACUCCCACGACAGAUGGCGUUACCGGAACGAUCCGUAUUUAUGUUCUGGCAUAAAAUUUCAAUCCAGCAGCCAAGGGGCAUUCAUUAAAGGUGGUCGCACUAGACCAACAACAAUAUUCUGUACGUUUGAUUGUCAAAGCAAAGUAUUGAGAAACUAGGAAACAAAUAAUGAAUUCGCAUUGUUUCAUUUUGAGCUGACAGCCAGAUGGACACGGCGAAAGUAAAAAAAAACAGCUGUUUUACCAACACCACCUGUAAUAGAUUCGCCUUGUUUACACACGUUUUUGUAACUGUAUAAUAUGUAUAUUGCUAAAAAAUUUAUUUAAUUUUGGGGGUGCUGCCAAAGUGAUAGCCGUUAAGUUAAUACAAUUAUGGGAUAGACUCGUUUGUAGUUAUAAAGCAAAUUACUUAAAGAAUAGGUCUGUUCAUGUAAAAAUUACCCAGUAACUUAUUUUCCGAGAAUUCCCUUUCAAAGAGAAAAGGAUAAAAAAAAGAGGUUGUCUGUAAAGUCGGUUUACUGACGAUAGUUUAACGUGACAACGUCAUAAGCAAAUACUGAUGUAAUGGUUGCAAUUUUCAAAACAAAAUUUUAAUUUUAUUUGUUUGAUAGAUAUUUUGUAUGGAUAUAGAGAAGGAGGUAAAUGGAAUCGCAGUGGAAUAGGUCAAGUUACAUUUACACAAACGUGAAAAAUUACGAAACAUCAAAUUCAUGAAAGAUAUGUUCAAUUUCGAUUGUGCAUCGGGCGUUAAUAAGUCAAUAACACUAAGAGGCAACAUCCUCGAUUUGCCUUUUUCAAGACACAUUACACUCGAAACACCCCCUUUCAUUUCCUACUUUUCCUAUCAUCGUCCUUUUCUCAACAGAGAAAUGGUUCAUUACCAUGCACACAGGAAGAAGGCAUAUGCAAAUACAAGUAUGUGAAUUUAUAUACCUACAUACGCGCAUAUACAUACAUAUAUAUGCUCACUCAAGUAGGACAGAGCCAGAUGUCGAACGUGCCGAACGCGGGGCCGAUUGUGCUCUUUGUCGUUCGUUUCGCGCUCUCGCUUGCAGUUAAAGCAAGGUAACGACGAUUCGUGCGUGCAGCCGGCUAAAUUGAAUUAUAAGACGUUAUCACGUCAAAAAAGUACAUGAACGCUAAAUCAGAAAUAAUUUGCAACUUUUACAAACAGCUGAUUAAAUUGUUGACAGCAAAAAUCGCAAAAAAUUGGCCUACUUCAUAUUAAAUUAAAAAUAAUUAAAAUAAAUAAAGCAAAUAAAAUAAAAUUUAGCGACUAUUUUGUCCACAAUAAUUUGCUCCAUUUCAUCAUCGCUGUCAGAUGAAGAGCAUUCCAUUAGCAAUUGCAAGUCGCAAUUCUAAAUCUUGUUUAUUUUUAUUUUACGAUCAGCUGUUUGCAAGUACUUACAUGUAAAAACUUGCAACUUCCUCUCAAAAUGAAAUGUCAUUUUGCUCUCUCACUUUCCCCUACUUUACAAGUUUCUUGGAUACAUGAACACCAAAACUUGAUAAUUUUUAACAAAUAUUACAAAUUAUUUGCUUCAUGAACUGACCUAUUAGCUAUAUUAACUAAUAGAAAUUCGCCAACAAACUUGAUAAAAUGUACCUGCUAAUUUUAUAUGGCAACAUAUACAAACAAUAAUAAUAAAUUGCGCGAACACUUCUCUUAGGUAUUUAUUCGAGCUCCUAUUUGUGGCGUGCGUCUUGAUGUUGUUCGGCAAAGGGAGCCGCUUACAGUUUUAAGCCGAGCCGAAAUUACAGUUUUAUCAGGAGCUUUCUUAUGAUAGCAACGCACUUGGGGGUUUGCCAUUGCCUGCCGAGGGGCGACCGCUAUUAGAAAAAAAAAUGUAUCUUUUAUUUGAUGUUCACAGAGAUUCGAACUUACGCACUCUCGAAUGGUAGUCACGCCCAAAUGUGCAAUUUCCACGCAUCGAAUUUUAUUACCAAACUGUUGGUUGUAUAAAUUGUGGUGGCUGCCGUAGCCAAGUGUGUCGGAAAAUAACGAUCUAACAAUUUAAAGUAUGUACCUAUGCUCCAGUCUAAUAAAUUAUGGACGAAGAAAAAAAAAUUCUCCUUGAAAUAUUUAUGUAAAGCGCAACGAACUUAUUAUGUUUUACUUUAAAUUAACUGCUAACGGUGACGGUAACAUAAAUACAGCGCCAACGAAAGAGGAUAAAAUUAAAAAAAUAAUUUGAUGUAUGUAAAUAUAUGUCCCAAAUCUUAAAAUGUGGUGCAGAUGAUGCGCACAAUUAGUAAAUUUAGAUAGUUUCUAGGGUUAGUAGAUAAACGAUUAGGGUGCAUAUCCAUACGUAGCUAAGCUAUCUGUAUUUAAGGUAAAAAUUUCUGCAACUCGGUCUAACAGAAUAUAACUACACAUAUUACACGCUACGGAAU